CCAAGCGGAACAGGCUCAAGAUGGCAGCCGAGCGGCAGGUGGCCGGGAGCGGCGGCGGUGCCGGUGGCCGUGGUACCAGUGGUAGUGGUGGCGCUAGUUCCAUGGCUGCCCUAGAGGAUAACAAGGAGAAUGAAAAACCCAAGUCCGGCAGCCUCGGAGAUAGCCUGGGCCUGGAGAUUCUUCAGAUUAUCAAAGAAUCACAGCAGCAACAUGGCUUACGUCAUGGUGAUUUUCAAAGAUACAGAGGUUAUUGCUCCCGUCGACUAAGGAGGCUCAGAAAAACUCUUAACUUCAAGAUGGGAAAUAGGCACAAGUUCACAGGGAAAAAAAUUACAGAAGAGCUAUUAUCUGACAACAGAUAUUUACUCCUCAUUCUUAUGGAUGCUGAAAGAGCCUGGAGUUAUGCAAUGCAGCUCAAGCAAGAAGCCAACACAGAACCACGCAAACGUUUUCAUUUGUUAUCUCGCCUACGCAAAGCAGUAAAACAUGCUGAGGAACUGGAACAUCUCUGUGAAAGUAGCCGUGUGGAUGCCAAGACAAAGCUGGAAGCUCAGGCAUACACAGCUUACCUCACAGGUAUGCUUCGAUUUGAGCAUCAGGAAUGGAAGGCAGCAAUGGAGGCUUUCAACAAGUGCAAGCAGAAGAAGAAGAAACUAAAGAACGUUUGUUUGAAUCUUUACUGAGUGAGUGUCGGGAUGCAAUACAAGCCGUUCGUGAAGAGCUGAAGCCAGAUCAGAAGCAGCGGGAUCAUUCUUUGGAAAUAGAUUUUGGAAAAGUCACUAAUAUUCAGUAUCUGCACAGUUACCUGACUUACAUCAAGCUGUCUACAGCAAUCAAGCGCAAUGAGAGCAUGGCAAAGGCACUACAGAAGGCACUCCUUCGUCAGCAGCAGCCCGAGGAAGAUGGCAAGCGUGUUCCUCGACCUCAGGAUUUGAUACGCCUUUAUGACAUCAUCUUACAGAAUCUGGCAGAAUUGCAACAACUUCCUGGCCUAGAAGAAGAUAAAAGCUACCUGAAGGAAAUAGGAAUAAAGACCUUGGUGUAUAAGGCUUACCGAUGCUUUUUUAUUGCCCAGUCAUAUGUCCUGGUGAAAAAAUGGAGCGAAGCUCUUGUUUUGUAUGAUCGAGUGCUGAAAUACGCCACCGAAGUUCAGGCUCAAGCUGGGACUAAAAAAAGCAACUUAAAGGAGCUACCUGAUGUUCAGGAUCUGAUUACUCAAGUAAAUGCAGAAAAAUACUCCUUGCAAGCAGCUGCCAUAUUAGAUGCUGAUGACAGUCAUGAGGCAGAAUCUCCGUCCCAGGUCAAAGAUGGCAAACCACUUUCUGAACGAUUUGAGAUUUUCUGCCUGGAUCCUUCUCUUGUCAGCAAGCAAGCAAGCCUGGUGCAUUUUCCUCCAGAAUUCCAGCCAAUUCCAUGCAAGCCUUUAUUUUUUGAUCUGGCUCUCAACCACGUCACUUUCCCACCUCUAGAAGAUAAAGUAGAGCAGAAAGCAAAGAGUGGUCUUACAGGAUAUAUCAAAGGCAUCUUUGGAUUCCGGAGUUAACAGGGCUUUUUUCAAGGAAAAUGUUUCCUUUAUAUUGGGGGAAUCUGCAACAGGUUCAGACCUUAUCUGCUUGAGUCUAAAAUCCACAUGGGAGGUUUUCAAUAUUUUUCCAGUAUUCUGUCUGUCCAUCCAAUUUAUUAGAAACAUUUCAAUCUGAGAACAUAAAAAAUGUGCUCUGUCUCCAGCCUUAUCUUAAACUGAAGAAAAUACCUGAGAGUCUGAAUCCACUCAUGCCGAGUGCCUCAGGCAGGAACAAGUAUCCAUUUUGUAAUGAUCAUUUCUUUUGGGUAGCUGAUACCACAAAUUUAAUUUUUAAAAAGCCAACUCAGUCGUCUGGACAAGACACAGCAGAGGGAAACCAAAGGCACAGAUUUUUACAGAAUUGAACUGCCUCAACCAGAAUCUGUAAAAACUCAGUUUAAUUAAUCCUUGUACUGCCUGCCGAGUUUAAUUUUCACUUCUAACUAUGGAUUGAAGAUCAGAAUUGAUAGAUUAUGUUUAAACUACAUAUAGUAGGCUUUAAAGAAUAUCCUUUUAUACUCUUUCCUUUAAAAGCCACCAUUUCCUACUAAGUUCUUAGAGGAUCUCUUUUGGGACUUAAAGAGCCUCAGCUUCAGAAAGUUAUUCUCCAUUUCUGCAUUAAAAGCCCCCCCCUUUUUUCCCCCUCAUUCAGUUUAUUUGAAUUGGCAAAUCAAAAAGGAUGCUUAUUUUGUACUUUUCAUCCUUUCUGAAAAUCAUAGUGGUUUUAAAUAGUCCACUUUUUGAAAAAUCAAUAAACAAAACCACUGGAAUUUUAAGUAAUAAAGAUUUUAGUCCUAUAUUAACAGAUACUUUUUUGUGAGAACAUUUACAAGUGUGGUAGGAAUUCCAGUAUCUUAAUAUCUUUUCCCAAAACGAAACAGAAAAAAUAUUAUCUAGAUACAUCUUUUAAAUGUGUUCUGUUUCCAGCUAUAUUAUUAGUCUUAAAUGUAAUCUAGUUAGUCUGAAAUAUUACUUGGAUCAGCUAGUCUUUAGUUAUCUUUUAAUGUUCAUACAGCACCACGUUUUUGUCAUACUCCGUUCCAGUUUCGCUCUGCUGCUUCUUGGCUUUGUUAAAAACAGUAUUAAAAUUGGAUUAUUCAGUUAGGAAUGUUCCGCAAAAAUAGUUUCUCGAGCAUUGUGCUAAUACACACUACAGAAUUAUAAUUUCCAAACCAAAUUGGGUGUAAGAAUUGUACCAAAAUUAUUGAGACUCUUUAUCUUGUAUGAAAAGCUAUCACAAUUCUCAUUAGGACUUAAUUGUGCCACUUCUGUUUUAAAAUACAUGUGUGAAAUGGACCCUCUGGUCUGUUGGAUGAGUAGAAUUUUAUAGUAAAAACGUAUUGUGCGAAGCAAAAAAUAUUUUUUACUGUAUCAAGUGAUUAAAUUUGAGAUUGAGUUUGGGACAUGAUAAACUGAUAAUUUAUCAGUUCUCUUAAAAGGUUAAAUGGAAAUAAUAGAUUUGACUCAAUAACUAUGGCCCAAUAUCAUUUUUGGCACUAUGUCUGUUAGGGUUUUUUUUUUUGUGGGUUGUAUUUUGCUUCAAACUUCCUGUCCUGAUUUUGAAUUAAAUCCAAGAAUUGUAUUCUUAAGAGGUGCAAUCCAACUUCUUUUUGUUUACCUCCAAACUUUUGGAUAAUUGGUACAUUCCACUCCAUUUAUCUCUGCUGCCUUAAUUAGUUAUAAAAUAUUUGUUAAGAUGUGGCACAAAGUAUACUAGAAAGACAGAAAAGAACCCUUUAAACAAUAAAGACAUAUUCUUGCUAUAGUCAAGUUUUAAACAGUUUAAA